AUGGUGUCGCAGACGCUCGUGGAAACACCGACUCAUCCUGGCCGUCUUGGUCGCGGAUCCGAGAGCGAUAGUUCGUUCGAUGAGAUCGCAGACACGAAGCAGAAGAUAUUUGUGAAAGCUCUCGGCAAGCAUGGAAAAGACAUUGACAACUCGGCCUCUCCAAAGCGAUGGAAGAGCUUUUGGACCUCAUUCCGAUACUUGUCAAACCUGAGCCCGAAGCAGGUGGACGACUUCAUGGCGUCAUACGUCAUUUACAACCUUGAUUGGUCCGACGAGAAGCAAAUGACAGAGGUUCUAGGCCCCAAUUACCAGGAGAAAGUUGGGGAUUGCUUGAAGUCCUACUACGGAGUGCUCAAUCACCUUUGCGCCCUGGGUGAUGUUGAAAAAAUGUACAUCCCGCCAUGGAUGAGCAAGAAGGCCACCAUUCUGGAGAACCAGAUCCUCUAUGAACGUUCAAUUGCCCAGAACAUUGGUCUCUCCGCUGGAGACAAAGUGCUGGAUCUGGGUUGCGGCCGUGGUCGCGUCGCGGCGCAUAUGGCGCAACACACCGGAGCGCAAGUGACCGGCCUCAACAUCGACCCGAACCAAGUUGCGCAAGCAAAGUCUUUCAACGAAGAGCGCGGUCUACACAACAACUUCGUCGUGCAAGAUUUCAACACCCUUCCCUUGCCAUUCGAGGACGAAAGCUUCGACGCCUUCUACCAAAUCCAAGCACUCAGUCUAUGCAAGGACCUACCAGCACUAUUCAAAGAGAUCUUCCGCAUCGUCAAGCCCGGUGCCAAAAUCUCUCUCCUCGACUGGAUCAGCCUUCCCGCCUAUGAGCCUACGAACCCCGAACACGCCGAACUCAUGCGCCGCGUCAAACCAUUGAUUGGAGCCGUCGGCACCCCCACCAAGGAGAGUUUGGAGGAGGCGCUAACCCAGUCCGGGUUCGAAGUCGUGCUAUCCGAGAACGCCAGUAUCGAUGGCCUCCAGGCCCCGCUGAUCGACACCGCCGACCUUUACUUCCGCAGCUUGCGCCAGGUUAUCCUGGCCCUGGUCAAGCUCCAUGUUGUGCCCCGUCACUUCAAGACGCUUAUCAACCGGUUGUGUCUGGAUGGACAGGCGUUUGUCAAGAUGGAUAACAUGCGCCUUGCCACGACGAGUUACAGUAUCAUUGCGCGGAAGCCCAAGGCAUAA